UUGGAGCAGCGGGCCAGAGAGCGGCCACUUGGUCCGGGACAGCGCCAGAUGCAACUUCAACCACAAACUGGGCUGAGUUACGCUGCAAUUCAAACCCUGGGAUACGUUUCAAACCCAGGCUGAAACUUCCCUGCUGGAGUUUCCUCUUGUCUUUCUCGCGGCGUCAGACCCUCUCCCCGUCUCCUGCCUCUCAUGGCUGAGUUGAUAGAGCUGCGAAAUCUAAGGGACAGCAAGCGGGCGGACGAGGCUCCUAGCCCCGGCGGCACCAAGUCACUCUGUCGCUCACCGGGCUUGGAGAGGACCAACGCCAUGAGGAUCAACCCGAGGGUGCGGGCGGCGAGCGGCAAGGACCGGGGCAAGAGCACCAGUGAGUCGGGGAAGAAGCGCCUGUUGCUGGUGGAGCAGGACCCCAGGUUGACGGCGAGAGCGGGGGAAGGACACGACUUCAGCCCCUGCACCCAGACCCAGCCCAGCUGGUGCGACCUUUGCGGCGACUUCAUCUGGGGACUCUACAAGCAAAGUCUACAGUGCGCGAACUGCAAGUUCCGGUGCCACUACCGCUGUCAAUCCCUGAUCCAGCUGGACUGUAACCGGCCAAAGGUCAAGAAGUCGAACCUCGCGGACGGCACAGAACAGGCACUCGAGCAAGACACCAAUGUGAUGACGUGGACCAGCACUAGCAGCAGUGGUUACUGCAGUCAGGAGGAAGACGCGGAGUUCGAACAAUUCUUCACUGCUAGGACCUCCUUCAUUAAGAAACCCAGAAAGUACAAGGAUGAAUACAUUAACUGGGAGAAGCAGGUCCUUACACGUGAUGAAAUCGGAACCAAGAUUCGAGAAUACAACUCGCAGAUCAACAGCGAUCUCGUGAUGACCCUGAAUAAUGAUGGAACAUACACAGGAUUCAUAAAGGUGCAGAUGAAAUUGGUGAGGCCAAUCUCUGUCUCUGCAAACAUGAAGCCUCAAUCCAUUUACGAUGCUAAGAAGUCGACAGCGUCGGCGCGGCCGCAGUCAAUAAAGCGGCGCACGUCCUUCUACCUCCCAAAAGACACUGUGAAGCAUUUGCACAUCAGCAGCCACACAAAGGCCAGUGAGGUGAUCAAAGCUCUGCUCAACAAGUUCAUGGUGGUGGACAAUCCUCGCAAGUUUGCCCUGUUCGAGCGGAUUGAGAAAGAGGAUCAAGUUUAUACUCGGAAAAUUUCUGAUGAUGAACACCCCUUGUACCUUAGAUUGUUGGCUGGGCCGGAUGAGAAGAUGUUAAGUCUUGUCCUGAAAGAGAAUGAGACAGGAGAAGUGAACUGGGACGCCUUCUCUGUACCAGAGUUGCAGAACUUCCUGCGAAUUCUUCAGCGCGAGGAGGAGGAACACAUCAGGCAGAUGUUUGGGAAGUAUGCCCGGUGCCGGCAGAAGAUGCAAGAGGAACUUGCGAACCGCUCACCAGGCUGACUGGAGGCUCUCGUCACCACGUGAUGAGAGAGAGAGAGAGAACGAGAACGAGAGAAUGAGGGGGGGAAAUAAAAAAUAUUGUGCAUGCGCUCACAUGUAUGAAUGUGAGAAGGUCUUGAAUUAAUGUUACCUGGCUUGGCUAGGAACAAAGUACGAACUGUGGAGAACACAAGUUGUGAGUGGGGUUACUAUGAGCUGAGUGGGAUAUUGUGUGGUAUACAAGCUCUGCCUGACAUUAACAAGUGCGAAUGAGACCUUUACUGAUGCUGAACUGAACAGUUGAGGGCAAUUUGUGGAAUGUUUCUGUGCAAGGAAAAAAGUCCCUUUGUCCUGUUAAUCUGAGCAGUGCCAGUGUAGAUGAAUGUACAGAGCUCCAUAAUUUGAAGUUUCCAUAAAUUAUCUGAAUACUUCAUUCAAUAGUGUGGCAUUAUGUAAGAUGGGGGCAAGGGUCCUGGCACAAUUUCUUUGUUUCUUAUAUUGCAUUCUCAUCAACCACCAAGACCUCUUAAUGCACUGAUGUAUACUGAUAUGUAUGUAUUAUAGAUAAUGAUUCUAAGGACAUUUCAUUAUGGAAUUGAUGGGAUUCCGUGUAGGUGAAAAUUAUUCACCAAAGCCGGAUAACAGGACAGGGGGUAAAGUUGGUGAACAAAGACUUGGGUGCUUAAGCAAAAGGCAGUGGCAUUGAGAUAUUUCCUUUCAAUCUCCUACCUUCAUUAAUACAUCCACCCUCUCACACCAAUGCCAGCUGAAAGCAAAAUAGUAGGAUCGGGGACAAGGUGACAUUGUUUCUGUCGGUCAGAAUGUAGCACAUGAUGCAUUUGAAAGAGGGAGAGAAUCUGAUUUAAGGAGUGGAAUUGUAUUUGGGCUUUUGGAGUGGAGCAUAGGCUUGGCCCAGUGUGAGUCCAGCCUAUAGGGGAUACAGAUUAGAAUGGUGGCAUUGAGAGGGGGGAGCUGGCCUGGUAUGGAUGAUAUGAGUGAGAUGACCACCUUGCAGUGGAUAGAAUUGAUUUGCGGACCAACAAUGCAGUGUAGCGAGUAUGAGAAUUAGAUCAGUGUGUUUGAUGAAUUGUUUGGGGCGGGUGUGGGACUGGAUUGUUGAAAGGGCAGUGAGUCUGAGGUUUGAGAAGGGAGGGUGGGAAAGAAAGGUUUUGGCUUAGAAUGGGGCUAAUGAGUGGAAACCAGCAGGCUAGGUUGCACUUGAGUGAGAAGUUCGUAGCGAUUCUUGUUUAUUUUAUGGCAAAGGUUAGAAUUAAUACAAUUUAGUUUUGGUUGGAGUAAUCACUGUCAGAGGACAUUUGAAUUCAAGGCUGCAAUUAAAUAGCAGAAUACAGAUCUGGACACACCUCAAUGCUAAAUUGACUAGGCAGGUAUACAUUUGUUGGAUGUAUCUAGUUAGCAAUAAGUUUGUUCUAAGUCAGAGUAAUUCAAAGAAAUGCCUCUUAGAAUAGAUACCCAUUUCCCAAUGGCUAUGGGUGAAUGUUGGGACUUGUGUAUCAUGGAGUUGAGCUUAAAAUCCCCGGUCUGAGUUGAUUUAGCCUGGGCAAAGAAAAUAAAAAUAAUUUAAGAAAUACUGCAGAUGCUGGAAUCUGAAAUGAAAGACCGAAAAUGUUAUAAGCACUCAGCCGGUCAGACAGCAUUGGUAGAAAUGAAAAAGUUAAUUUUUCAGAGUUACAGGAGACUACGGAUUCUGGAAAUUUAAGCCAAAACAAAGUGCUGGAGGAACUCUGGUCUGAAUAAGUGUCCUGACCUGACACAUCGUCUGUCUAUUCCCUCCACAGAUGUUGCCAGACCCCCUGAGUUCCUGCAGCAAUUGUUUUAUUGCAUUUUAUUUUCAGGUCACUAAUCUGCAACAGAAUGGGUGGAAAAGAAAACAUGUUGUUUUUUUGUCCACAGUUCUGAGGGUAGGUCUCCUACCUGAAACACUGUAUUUUUCUCAAUCUGACGUUGCCUGAUCUGUUGAAUGUUCUGGUAUUUUCUAAACAGAUUUAGAUUAGCUGUGUUACAAGUUGUAAGCUUGAUGCAGUUGGUUUAGUUAUAAAUUACUCAUGAUUGCAGGGUGGUAAUUCAUGGAAAGUUUCACCAUGUGAAUUGAAGGCUCAGAUUUGGCUGUAACACUACAGUUGAUGGGAUUCCGUGCAGGUGAGAAUUAUUGACUGGUAGCUGAGCUUAUGGAAAAAGUGGGUGAGGUGUGGAGGAGGCACAACACAGGCAGAUGUGAUGAUGUGGAACUGCCUGCAUUGCUUUUCACGCAGUUCUGUGUUAAUCUAAUCGAAAAGCAUGACCUGACAUCCCGAAUGAUAUGGACAAUUACCAGCAGUCCAAGAGAAAUGGCUCGUUGUUUGAGCUUGUGCCAUGAUCUGAGCUGAAAUAGUUCACCCUAACCAAAUGAGUUUAUAAAUUAUAUUUGUAUUUUAACUUUUAUUCAAUAAAAUGUGAAAAGAGUA